GCGGCAUGACCGCUGGGCGCAAUAAAUUAUUGCACCUACCCCGCUGAUCUAGAUUUUUCCUGACCUUAUCUCCACCCACCAGCCCGCACCCACCCAACAGCCCUCAUACCAGCCCUGUGUCUCGGUUGCCCCCGUUUCAGCUACACUCUCAAGCCAAGUCGCCGGUGAUUUGGCCCACGACGUAACCAUUCCGGCGGGGGAGAUCCACAGGAAUCAUGUCUGACGCCGGAAGUUGUGAUGGGGCCGCAGCCUCUGGGGAUGCAGUUGAUGACAACAUUCAUGGACAGCCACAACAAGCUAAUGAAGAACAGGCAUCUCCUGCUCCAACUUCUCGAAUUUCAGUCAGAAAGGCAGUAGAAGUAAUCCAGACAUUUGACGAAUACAAGCGGUGGCUCAUUACUGAAAUUGGGUUUGGAGGAAUGCUAAAGCUACCCUUGCUCCAGAAGCUUAAUCUUAAGUUUAGCGCCUGGACUAUGAGCAAGGUCUGCGUUGAGCCUCGAGCGAUUGUUCUGUCAGAAACGAAGAUACUAAAGUUUUUUGCGGAAGACAUCCACAAGGUUUUUGGCAUCCCGUGUGGACACUGGAGUGUUAAAGGGCGCGAUGGUUUCAUCAAGCCAGAAGCGGUAACAUUCAUAAAGAGGACGCUAGGGAUGGACAGGACGGGAGUGCAUAGCCUGCGUGCGGCCGAGGAAUUCCUUCUCCGUGACAUAUCCGAGGCUUCCAGCAAGAUGGAGAAGGAUUGCUUUCAGAUUGCAUUUGUCAUUUUUGUUAUGGGCCAUGUGCUGGUACCUAGAACAAAACAUGAUUAUGGCACCAUAGACUACUGGGGUGCGUUGGCAAAUACGGAGAACAUAUCACAAUUCAAUUGGUGUGAGUUUGUACUUGAGUUCUUGCUUGAGGCAGUCCGGCGGCUUAAGAAUGAUAUGAUGGACAACAAUAUGAACACCAAUCUGGUUGGUUGCCACUUGUUUUUCCAGAUUUUCUUCCUUGACAAUGUCGACCUUGGAAUUUUCAACAAGAACCACAAUGUUCUUCCUCGCAUUAGUGACUUUGAUCAGACCAACAUCAAGAACAUGAUAACAAUGGCGACUGACAUUGGGAAGGGCCCUACGUCCUACUCGAAAUGCAUGAUUCGUCAGGGUACUGAUCUAUGCUAUGCUCGUUGCAACAUUGCUGAUUGCACUGAGAGAACUUCCAACCAGCCAGUUGAAGGCGGCAAUAUGGAGGAAGAUGUUUGCAAGUUCACGAACGACAGGAAUGAUUCAGCUCAUGUAUCUUCUUCAGCAGCCGGCAACCUAAUGGAUGUACAUACACCACUACCUAUGCUUGGACCAAUGGACUUUAUAGAGCACAUGUGGAGCCGAUACCCCAGUCUGUUAGGGAUGAGUUGAGUUUUAUACUAAAGGAGCAGAAUGCCAAAUGCCAGCGUGAAAUCAACACCGCCCGCGCAAAUAUGCAGGCAGACAUGAUCAAAUUCGUGGACAAACUAAUGGCAUCAAUCAGCAAGAGGUGCAUCUGCUAUACCGCUAGAGGGUUUACUGACUGUCCGGCAAGAGCAGUAGAUACAUUUCCAGUUGAUACACUAAGGACUGCGAUUGGACAGAAAAUACCAGGAGUCAGGCUCGAUAUGUCUGCAUGCAAAGAUGGCAACUUUGGACCGAGUAUCCAUGGCGAUGACCAGUCAGGCCGGCUCCAGAACAAGAGGUCACGACAUGAUGAAGGAGCAGUCGCAACAAUGACAUCUCAGAUACUUCAGUUUGCAAGGCAUACACUGCAGGCUAUCAGCAAAAUGUUUAUUGACUUGCCGGAUGACGGCAGCACCACUGCAUUUGGACAGAAGGCAGAGGGACUUCCUAGAAGAAAAUAUGUAUUCAGAUCUGGAUUCCAGACAGACCCAUGGGUCAGGGGUCUGUCCCGCUACCACCGCAAACGUAUGUUUGCCAACAAUUAGAAGGGUUCUUUGCUACGUCACCGCCAGAAGAACUAUGCAGGCGAUUAUGUCAAACCAGACUAUUAUGGUGCAUAUUCAUUAUCUGUAUUCACACUUUAACCAUUAUGCUGACACUCCUUUUUCCAUAUACUCAGGAAUUUUCUUGUGCAUGAGAACCCGAGGUUCUUACGAAUAACGGGUUCAGCGUUGAAAAGCCAGGUUGUUGAAGAUGAGCUAAUCGACCAUGAGGUGAUGUCAGUCAUUAUCAGAAGGUAUUGCCAGUCUGAUCAGGAAGCAGACAAACACUCCCCAUACUUAACAUGGAGACACCCAACUGAACCGGAAUUUUCGGUCAGUCGUAAAUAGCUAUCCACAUCUUCGGCAACUUGUUUUUCAAUAUACAUUUAUUUUAUCCAUGCACAGACGAUUGGAUUUGACUGAAUGCAGACAAUGGUACUAUCGGAUUAUGAUUACCUACAUUGGUGUCAAUCCAGAAAGCAUUGUGUGCCGACGCACUCAAAUAUGACAUCACAUCAGCUCAGUUGUUCUUCACGCCGGUCCCACGGCCCGAAGGAUGGAUUGUAGUUUUCUGGGACAUGGUAACCCGCCUCAUGUUUGUUAUUGAUCCAAUGUACAGCAAGAGAAGCCAACCACUGACCACUCAGCAGAGAGACGAGAUUAUAGCUUGGAAGUUACAUGAUGCCUUGCUCAUUUGCUUAAAUGAGUAUUAUGCUGGCUGGCCCGUGAGGAAAGAUGGUUGGAAAGUCACCUUCCCCGCACUUGCUGAUAGCAUUUUCUCUCGUAAUGAAACUGGAGCUUGUGUCAUCCAUAUUGCCCUCCAUUUCGAUGGGAAAAAGCUGAAGAUGCCCCUCACCAAGCACACAAUAUCGAAGGUGAAGUGGGAAACGCUGUACGAGUGCAUGAAGUUGCAGGGAAAUUUCUCACCCCAUGCACGUGAUGCUCUGUGGCGCCUUCUUGCACCAUCGGACAAUAUAUCUGAGGAAGAUUGACUCAGCAAACUCUACCGGUUGGCAUGGAGCUAUCCUUAUGUUCUUUUUUCACUUUACACCCUAGAUAUAUGUCUACUUAUUUCAUCGUAGCAAAUGUAUGCGCCAAGGUCAUGUUUACUAUCAGUCAUUUCAGUUUUAUCGUUAUGCACCAAGCAUUAGUUGGUACUAAACUUCUUAUGAUGUGUCUGAACAAAUCUACAAAUACUUUUAUUUUUGCAUAUCCACAUCAUGUCCCCCCCAUCCUCCCCGGUUCUGAUAUGUGCAAUGGGAGGAGGAGCACAUGCCACGCCCAUCUUCUCACAUACAUGGACGCGUGUGCCAUUUUUCAUCUUAUUACCAACUCAAAACAGCUAGCUCGUUCAAUCAAAACUUCGCGGUAUAGAAGGACCCAUCGGCCAUGUAGACACAUUGUAUGUAUGCAUUGAGCACCGGGCGACAAUUCAAGUCACAUAUCUCAGCACAUGCCUUGUUCGAUAUAUUUAAAUUUAUAGUUAUCCCGGGUUGCUACUAAUAUGCCGAGAUAAAUAACCAUGCAACAUGCGAUAGGAACACUUGACUGUGCUAACAUUAUCAUCCCACAUUUUCCAGUCUCCAUCUAAUCAACAACCUUAAAGCUUCGCCCACCCUCUGCCCCGCCAUGUUUCGCCAUGAUGUAGACACACUAUGUCAGAGGCAUACCCAUAUUGCAUUAUGCCAUAGUAAUGCAAAAUCAUAAUUCAUCAAUUGCAUAUUGUACUACAUAAUUAGUUUACGCACAAGCCAAACAUCACAGAACUGCUAGCACACAACAGUAAGGUUCAAACUUAAUUGUCGGAGUCCACACUUACGUCUUACACAAUGAACAGCCUAAACAUGACUGUCUUCUUACAUAAAUGUCACAAAUAGGUUUGUCUUGAACUAGUACAUGGCAUACAUGCAGUGAACACAAUCACUUACACGCCACUUUAGUUGGGGCGCAAGCUCAAUUGUGCCAAUUCUCGAUGCCGUGAUGUCUUCAGUCUUCUAGUGCCGGGUAGUACACAAAUGGCAAUCCUACAUACGUGAUACAUCUGGUAAUAACUUAUUCAUUGAAGCCAACAAGUGGUCACAAUCACACAUGCACAUAUCAGGAGGUGGGUGCAAGCUAAAUUGCAACCUUUAUCGGCGCCAACAUGUCUUCAGUUUUCAUCGGCCGGUCAACCGUUUGAACCAUUAUCACACCACAUACAUGUGGGGAGGCAACUAACAUUCGCGGUUGUCGUCAUAUUCAAACAAGAUUCUCACCCGUCGCACAAAUACUGUUUCAAAAUGCUUCCUCUCAUCUUGUAGCUGCCUAGAAUGGCAGGACUUCCUCAAGCAUGAAAUCUGGGAGAUCUCCCAUGUUCCCCCUCAUGGAGAUAACUUCAUAUGCAAUUGACUGCCGCAGGUAGUUAAGGCGCGCCUGCACAUAAUGAACAUGACAAUUAGGGAGGUUCGACUAGCUGUUUACAGAGUUGAACCAAGGCUUCAAUAUAUUCGUGUGGUAUAAUUCUCAUCGGUGUUAGCACAUUCUGAAGAUAUAGGCCAGUGUCAUUCCUGCUGUAGUUUACAAUGUGCAACCAGCUGUCCUCUCUGCAUUCUCCAUCAUCACAUCAAAUCAAUCAGACUGUUAAAUGUGGAUAGUAAAUAAAUAUCGACAUUUAGAGUGAUUGCAUUUUGACCAUACAUCUCGCAGCUUUCAUGCAUGUUCACAUUGUAGUUGAUUGUCCACCCCUGAGCAGGGAUGUACCAACCAGGGAUAUUCUCAUGUAUGCAGCGCCGAAGUCUUGCUAGAAUGAAGUUUGCAUUGUCUUCAUGCUUGUACUGCACCUCUGACAUUGGCUCUGAAGUCUCACAGGGGUCCAUGACCAACAAUGUCCUCUCCUCGACAUCCACGACAUAUAGUGAGUAGCUAUCCAUCAUUGGAACUGGUAGCAUGAGCUGCAUAUCCGAAGUAAUAGGCAAUAGCCGAGCGCCUCAUAACUCAUCCUUGUAUUCAUGAAUUCGAAGUCCAAAUCGUAUGACCUAUACAUGAGAGCAAGCUGCCCGAAGACGCAACAAAUUAUUGCAAGCACCGCAAUUUAUCAUUUAAAGGAGCUUCGAUGAUGUCAUAUGCUUGCAGAAACCUAGUUAUGAGUCCAGCAUGAAUGCUGUUGUCCGCCCUUUCCUCUGGAUCGACCACGUACUCAGCAGAAUCUGGAACGCCACUGCCGAUUACUGCAUAUGCAGGCGUGACAGGUGUCUCUUCAUGUGUGUUGGCUGAUACACCUGUUGGUUCUAUAGGUUGUACUGAAAUAUUAUGAUUUCCUUCCACAUCCGCCUCAUCAUAUGUGUCAUACUCUGGAACUGGAAAGUCGCUCCCCACCUCUUCAACAACAUAACCAUGAGUCCAGACAGCAAUUUGCAAAAUUUCUGAUUGAUGCGCUGGGGUCGCAUUAUUUCCAAAUUCAGUCCCAGAGACCAUGGCUUCUUCAUGCCGAGUCACCGUGACUUCUCCAUCUGCUCUUUCAGCAUCUUCGACAACUCUGUGAAUAAUGCGGCUCCCAAGGCGUCCAUUGCCAUCGUCAGGUCCAACCAAUGCAUCUUCAUUAUCACCUGCAAACAACUGAAAGUUUGGCAAUACAGGAUUUCAGUUCUUCCAUCGCCAACUUCACUAUGGAGUUAAAAUGUAUUCAACAUAUUUUUAUAACUUACUGCACUAGCUGUUCCAUCCAUUAGAGGGUGCCACAUCCAUAUUCGCUGCACCAUGUAGCCUACAGGCCUGGUCUGCAAUACCAUUUCGCAUUUUGCAAACAAUGUCAGCAGGUAUGUUAGACAAUAUUACUCUAAUUUCAGUGAAGUAGUAGUUCAAUUACUGGGUAAUAUCCUGGGUUGUCUCUCUCUAGCUGGAUCAAUUUCCUCACUAUUGGGCUGGAGUAAGCACAAAUUCUUGGGAGCAGAUUUGACUGUAAGCUCGCAGGCCCAUAGUCCACCCAAUCCAGCUGAACAUACUGUAAAAACAAAUCCAACUAUGUCAGUCACUCAUUUGAUUCAGUAAUAAUAUGAAUGAGUACAGCUUGCAGUGUAAA